AGACAGUAAAUUCACUUGUUUUUGACAGUUAGGUCACCUGGAUUGAAUUGUACACACCCAUUGUGGUUCUGUUUUGCAGUUUACAAACACCAACUGAGGAAAAAAAAACUUUUUAAUUUUCAGACGUCACGAACAAGCUGAUGAGGAGGAAGGUGAUGACGACAUAUCACGCAGCCUCAUCAGAUCAGGCUGCUGCUCCUGCACGGGUCCAACGGUGAGGGGUAACGAACCAGAGCGGACUUUUGGAGCAACUGGUGGAUGAGGACUUGGCGUGCCCCAUCUGCUACUUCUCAAAGGCGGGACAAGUGCGGCCAAGUGAGUGAGAGGAACGUGUUGAGGAGCAGCGAGCCUCCAGGGAGGUCAAAGUGAUCCUCGGCACCCAGGAUCCAGGACCAUGGAGCCCUCCGUGUCGACCGAGGUGGAGCCUAAAGAGCGGAGGAAGAUCCAGUUCGCCGUCCCGUCCUCGGCACCCACCAACCUUGACCCACGGCAAGUGGAGAUGAUCCGACGUAGGAGGCCAACACCCGCCACACUCUUCAGAGUAGCAGAUCAGUCAUCACCUGACGAUGACCAGUCCAGCCAUCAGGUAAAGUGGGUCGUCGGGGAGAACGGAGUCCUGAAACCAAAGCGCGUCAAUCCGAAUGUGUACCAGCCCCCGUCACUCAAAGCUGUGCAGAAGAUGGCCGAGGCGCACAUGCACAACCUCGGUGUCCACCCUCUGGAGGAGCCUUGGGAGGGCGACGAGGACGAAGACCUCUGGCAGGGGGAUGAGGGCGAGCACCGACCUCCCACCAAAGCCCCUGACCACCAGGAGGUGGUGACCCCCGACCAAUCAGAAGCCACCUACGGCGCGAAGGAAACGGACAAGCUCGUCAACCAAUCACAGGCGGGGGCGGGACUAGAUAUGGAAGAGGGCGGUGAAGAAAAGGAUGCGUUCAAGGGACGGUCUGAGGAGAAGGAUAACUGAGAGAGAGAAAGGAGGUUGUGUGGUAUUUGAUGAGGGAGUAACACAAGGAGGAAAGAGGGUACCAUGUUGUCAUGACUGAGAAAGGCGAGUUUGUCCAGGUGAGGUCGGAGGUCGGAGGUCGUCCCCUAAUGAUGAUGAUGAGGUCGGGGGGGCUUUGACCUCACAUUCACGCAAGGACAAUUCCUUCUGCCGUCAUGCCUCUUUCUGCACGCCGCAGCUAAAACGCUCCUUCAAAUGUUUAAAUCAAACCUUUUUAACUGUCCUUCAAGUGCAAAAAGAAGUAAAAAAGUUUGAAAAAAAACUUUUAAAAAUAGUUCGACUUUGAAGGAGACUUUUUUUUCCCCAGAGAAAUAGUGGAAUUUGGAAUGGUGGGUUUGCCUUUAGAGCAGUGGUUCUUAGCCUGGGUUUGAUCCAACCCUAGGGGUUCGGUGAGUCGGCCUCAGGGGUUCGGCGGAGGUCAAAACACACCCGACUCAUCGUGUAAAUAAAAACUUCUCCCUAUCGGCGUAUUACGGACACGGCAACAGAUGUGUUGGUUUUGUUGUUUGAACAAGGUGAUGUUCAUGCACGGUUCAUUUUGUGUACCAGUAAAAAAAAAACAGGGUAACACUUUAGUAUGGGGAACAUAUACUCACCAUUAAUUAGUUGCUUAUUAACAUGCAAAUUAGUAACAUUUUGUAUCUUAACUAGUCAUUAUUAAGGCCUUAUUAUAACCCUAACCCUCUAACCCUGUCCCUAACCAAAUAACUGUAAAUUAAGUCUUUGUGGCUUAGACUAUGUCCCCCUAGUGUCUAAAUAACUCUAAAUUGGUCAUGAUCUGUGGUCUGGAUUAUGUUUGUUAUUUUUUGUUAGUUUUUGGACUCUUUUGGUUCCUGUUUGCGCUCCCUUGUUUUGUUUGGUUACACUCUCCUGAAGGAAAAAAUAAAGUACUAUAUAAUCUAGUCUUAUGCCGAUUUAUGAUCAUUCUGUCAUGACGGAGGGGUCGCAGCUUACUGCGAGGUUUGUUUUCCCGGGAUGCAAAUGGACUAUUCCGGACAAGGCUUGCAGGUAGGAACAUAUUUAUUAACUCGAUAAAUCUUGGCAGGCCAUGAGGUAAACAAACAUAAACUAUGGCGUGGAACAAACACAAAACUGUGGCUUUGAACAAACACGAAACUGUGGCGAGAAAUAAACAAGACUUACGUGGACACGGCAUGAAUCGAGCAACACGAACUGUUGUAUCGCAUGAAAACAAGCAAUGACGCCAGGCCGACUGACUGGCAAAGACAGGCUUAAAUAAGGGUCUGGAUUAGAAACGGGUGCGCGGUCCGAACACCAGAGGCAGGGAUAAAAUCAUAAGUUGGCAUGGUAACCAAAAAAAAAAGGGAGCGCCAACAGGAACUAAAAGAGUCCAAAAACUAACAAAAAAAUAACAAAAACAUAAUCCAGACCACAGAUAAUGACAAAAGUAAGUCUUUGUUACGUAGAAUAUGUUCCCUAUACUAAAGUGUUACCAAAAACAGAUAACUUUGUCUUGAAUUUGAAAAAAUAUAUAUAUACAUAUAUAUUUUUAACUACUACGGGUUCGGUGAAUGCGCAUAUGGAACUGGUGGGGUUCGAUACCUCCAACAAGGUUAAGAACCACUGCCCUACUGUCCAAAUAACUCUAAAUUUGUCAUGAUCUGUGGUCUGGAUUAUGUUUGUUAUUGUUUGUUAGUUUUUGGACUCUUUUAGUUCCUGUUUGGGCUACCUUGUUUUGUUUGGUUACACUCUCCUAAAGGAAUGAAUAAAGUACUAUCUAAUCUAAUUUAAUGCCGAUUUAUGAUCAUUCUGUCAUGACGGAGGGGUCGCAGUUUACUGCGAGGUUUGUUCUCCCGCGAUGCAAAUGAACUAUUCCGGACAAGGCUUGCAGGUAGGAACAUAUUUAUUAACUUGAUAAAUCUUAACAGGGCAUGAGGUAAACAAACAUCAACUAUGGCGUGGAACAAACACAAAACUGUGGCAUGAAACAAACCAACAUAAACUAUGGCUUCGAACAAACACGAAACUGUGGCAAGAAAUAAACAAGACUUACAUGGACACAGCAUAAAUCGAGCAACACGAACUGUGGUAUCGCAUGAAAACAAGCAAUGACACCAGGCCAACUGACUGGCAAAGACAGGCUUAAAUAAGGGUCUGGAUUAGAAACGGGUGCGCGGUCCGAACACCAGAGGCAGGGAUAAAAUCAUAAGUCGGCAUGGUAACCAUACAAAAAAGGGAGUGUAAACAGGAACUAAAAGAGUCAGAAAAAAAUUACAAAAACAUAAUCCAGACCACAGAUAAUAAAAAAAUGAAGUCUUUGUUACUUAGAAUAUGUUCCCUACACUAAAGUGUUACCAAAAACAUAUAACUUUGUCUUGAAUUUGAAAAAAAUAUAUAUAUAUUUUUUUUCAGUAAUGAAAGGUUCGGUGAAUGCGCAUAUGAAACUGGUGGGGUUCGGUACCUCCAACAAGGUUAAGAACCACUGCUUUAGAGGUUCCAGUAAGGUAUUUCGAACAGGGUCCUUUUUCUCCUCAUGUGCAUUUGCCGCCCUCUAGUGGCUCCGAGGCGUCACGACAAUUUAUCAGCUUCUGAGGGCCUAAUUAAAACGGUCUAAAAAUGUUUUUGUUAAAUCCGUGCUUAUCAGAUGGUGAGUCUCUGGACAAGGAGAAAUAACAAAACACGUAAUAAUUGUGUAGAAUGAACAAACAUAAGUGUGUACUUUUUAAAUACGAUUGCUUAAUUGCGCUUUAAGGAGCGAAGCUACCUCUCAAGUCCUCCACUUCUUUUCACUUCCUUCUGUCUCAGCACUUUUGAUCUAUUAUCUUUUUUCUUUCUUUUCCAAUCCAACAUCUUUCGCCACCUAAACAAGCCGUUGCCGUGGUUACCAUGUGACUGACAGCUCAACAAAAUAAAACUAUUUUGGCUCAAAUUUAACUUUUCUAAGCAUUCAAGAGCUGAAGAUUUAAAUCUUUUUAUUGUAUAAAAGAACUAUGAGCAGCUUAUGUGUGUUUUUAAAUUGUACCGGAUGCCCCUUUUUUCCCAUUUCCUUUUCCCUCUCCUGCUGGGUCUGAUGUAUAAACCAAUCACUUGUUAUUUUUAUUCUCCAUUCACUUGUUUUUCAACGUGAUUGUUUUGAAGUGACCUACUGAACAACGACAAAAUAAAAACACUUUUACCCUC